AAUCUUCAGUUCAACCACGACCGUCGUGCGAGAAGGCUCGGUCAUUGAGCAUAUUUAUAUAGCAAACAUAUAUAAAUCCUUUACAAAUUUUAUCCCCACACUACGUUUUCUUUUUACGCAAAAUUUUAUCCUCAAAAAAAAAAAAAAAAAGAUUGUGUUUUUUCAUUUUUUGUGAAAAUUUUUUAUCCACAAAUUAUAAAAGGAUGUAAUUGACAUGAAAAAAAAAAAUUAAAUAUUUGCAAAAAUGGCAACAUAUAGGCUUCUCUUUUUUUUGGUUUCCUUUAUUGCUGUCGUCUUGGCAGGCGUGCAAUCAACACUUUCAAAGAGGCAAGACGAAACAAUAGAAGAUUCGCGUAAAGUGCCAGUAAACUUGACUGCAACACGAACAUCACUCAUUGCAACCGAUGAAGGCGAUAAUGCAAAGUCAACAUUUCUUCAAAGGGAUCCAGUUGAAAUUUCAUCGGAAGAAGAUACAAGUGAAGAAGAUCUCGAAGAAAAUGAAACUAAUGAUAACGUAGAAAAUACCGCAGAGGACGAGUACGAAGAUGAACUGAAAGCUGUGGCUGAGUCCCAUGAGGCAAUGUCUCACGACGACACAAAAAAAUCCAAUACGUCCUUUUAUGAUAGUAAGAGCUUCGACGAGAAGUUGAUCACAGCGAAGAAUUUCGAUUCUAAAGAAAAGAGCGUCGAGGAUGGCUCAGAUGAAAACGAGACCUCGAACGAAGCUGAUAUUGACGAAGACGAUAUCGAGAAAAAGAAAAAGGACAAGGAGGUUGAAGAACUUUUGGAAAAGAAGAGAAAAAGGUUACCAACAGUUAAAAAAGAAUUGAGGACACAAAAGGAAAUUCAAGCAGAUAAUGAUACGUUGGAAGAUGAAACGCUGACAGUGAACGUGUUAAGGAUGUUGGCAAAGUUGGCAGAAAAUCCUGAACGAUGGGAAAGAGUUCAUCAACUUCUGAUGCAUCUGGACGAUGGUCGUGAAGGUUCUCGUCGUGCAAUGUUGGCACGAAAGAGAAAUUUAUUACCAAAUUACGAUUCAAUAUCGACAACACCAAAAAUGGAUGAUCCAUUGAGAACAUUUAAAAAACCAAAGAAGAAAAAGAAAAAGAAGAAACCACAUCAUAAAACCACAAUAGCAUCACUGCCAGUGACAAUUUCUUCUAUUACAACAACAGAAUCACCAUGGUUGACAACAUCAAUUCCCUGGCGAUUAGUUGCUGAUAAUUUUAAUUCACCCCUAUGGCAACAACAACAACAACAACAACAACUUGAUGAAAGUCCAUCAAAUUUGGCAAAAGUUAGAUAUUCCGUACUCUCGAAACCACGUUCAACUGGACAUCAAUUAAUUGAUGAGAAGCAAAGGGAAAAUUUAAAAACACUCAAUAAUCAACGACAAGCUUUGAUGUUGAAGAGCGCAAGAGAAUAUUCUCAACCACGACUUCUUCAUUUUGGCAAAGUAAACACACAUCAAGUACCAGCUUUUGAUGAUGAAACAAUACGAAUGAGAAACUAUGAUCCCUCAGAAUUUAUACACUUCAAACACUCAAGAUAUCCACAAUAUAAUUCAUUACCAAGAGAUUUUAGUUUAGAUAAAUUUCAAAACAAUUUUCAAGACGAUUUUAAUGAGGGAUUUGCAAGAAAUCAAGAAUACCGACCCACGGGUAGAGAAUUUGCCGCUAGUAAAAGUUGGCAAAAUUCACCAUUUGACUAUAGAAAACCAAAAAUGGAUUUUCGCCUCGUACAAAUGAAAAAUCCAUGGUACUAUUCACAAGAAUCAAAACCAUGGCAACCAUACAGAAAACCAUUGUUUCGUGAUUAUUGGUCACGAAUCGAAAACGAUGAAAUGGAUUCCCUGGAGAAAUCCUGGCAUCAGAGGCAUCAUCCUCAAUCAUGGAAAAUAGAUGAUACAUGGCCUGGCGACAAAUCCCUUCAAAUUGGUGUGCCACCUUGGUCGGAAAAAUCCAAUCAUCAUCAUCAAGAGGAAAAUUUUGCUUGGGAUAGAGCACGAAAUCGUUCGGAAUUAAAAAUAAAUCCAACAAAAGAGGAGACAAACAAAAAUAUUCUUCCAAAAAUAACAAUGAAAUCGUGGAAUAGUUUAACAUCAGAUCCCGCUACAUGGCCAUUUAAAUUACCCGACGCAAAGCCAUGGCCCAAGGAUCAAAAUGGAAAAUCCUACAAUCCAAAUGCUGAUCUGGUGAGAAAACUUGGUCUCGACAAACAGAAUAAACUUCUGUCAGACAAGAAUUCCUCAAAGGAUUUUAAAGCAUUAAAGUAUAAGGAAAGAACAAUGUCCUCGGAUCAGAAGAACAGUGAUGGAAAGAAUUGGCCUGUAAAACUUAUCGGUGACGAUGACUGGAUGAGUAAAGUUAGAAGUUCAGAAAAACUCUCUGACGAUGAUUCUAGAUCAUGGACAACAAAUAAUGGCGAAAAAUCAUGGCAUGGUGUUGGAAAAAGCAUUUCUUCAAAAUCACAAUGGGAAAUGCCUGUUGAUCAAUCAACGUGGAGGCCUUAUGAUCAAUCCUAUCAACAAGAUUCUCCAAAUCGUGCCUGGAACGGAAGAAACAAUGAAUUAAUAUGGAAUUCAAAAUCACAAAAUUGGCCACAAAAAAUUGGUGAGGAUUGGAAUGAAAAUUAUGCAAAACAAACUGGUACCACAAAUAAUUGGCCAUCAAAAUGGAAACAAUUUGCCUAUCACAGGGUAACAGCAAUGCCAAUAACAAAAGCAGGAUCAUCACUCGAAGGUUCAGCGAAGCCAAAAAAUGCCUUUAUCGCCGUCUCGGCAGUGUCUUCUUCAAAAUACAAUAACGAAUGGAGGAAAAAUGAUAUAGAAGAGACUCCCAUUAACAAAAAUUUCAGAUCAGUGGAUCCAGAUCAUCCAGUAAGUCAACUUCAUUCCUCUAUUGAAUCGCCAAUUUAUGCAUGGAAAAAAGACGGGAGUCCGUCCAAUAAGACGAGGAGCGUUGAAAUCUUACCCUCUGAUCCUUUGGAGCAUCAAUUGGAGGAUCUGAGACUGAACUCAUCGUCACAAAACUACAGCAAAAGUAAAAAUAAAAUAAAUGGAAGUGAAUUAUCAACCACAUUUUCAGUGAAUAAUCCAUUGAACGGAACGUUUGUCGGAAAUUUGACAAAAGAAAUAAAUAAACGACAUUCCAAUCUGUCGAGUGAGAGAGUAUUAGAAAAAUAGAAUUUGGAUUUACAGAGAGCAAUUAUUUAUAAAAAGAAAAAAAAAAUCUAUCAAAACAAAAUUUUCUACUACUCUCAUUGAAAUUGUAAUUAAUCUAAAAUUUAAUUUGUCAUAGAAAUUAACGGAAAUAUUUUAAGUUAAAAAUUAAUUUUUAAAUAAAUUUAUUAAUUUUCAUAAUUCUCACUUUAUAUAUAUUAGAAGAAAUAAUUUCUUUUAAUCAUUAAUUAUUAUUAUAGAAUUUUAUAAUUAUUUCAUUUUCAUCGAUUAUUCACAACUAUGUAAAUAUAUAAAUGCAUAAUUUUUAUUACAAAAUCUCUAUAAUAAUUAAUUUUAUCUCUAAAAUUGAAGUUCUAUUUAAAAAAAAUAUAGAACACAUCGUGUUGUAUAUGUAUACAAUGUAUUUUGUAUAGCU